AUGGCCGGCGGUGCUGCAGUUAAAGCCGCUAAGGCGGCAUCCCACGUCGUUCCACUUGCACAGAAAUACACCCUCGAGUCCAAGGGUAUCUGGGACUGGGUCCGCCGCACCCUCGCGGUCGACCCCAACCGAUCCUCCGGUGUCCCUCUGAACUCUCAGUUCCGCCUGCCCACCCCUGGCUCUAACCCCCCCCUCUCGCCUACGACGACCCCCACCAUCACCCAGGCCGACGCCGUGUCUCUCCUGACCGUUGGCAGCCAGGCCGCGCCCAAGGACGACGUCCUGCAGCUCGGCGAGGCCGGUGCGGCGCAGAUCGUCGCUGUCAAGGCCGAGGGCGAGGAGCGCGGUCUUGCCGGCUACUUCGAGAAGAACAAGUCUGGCAUUGCCAGCGUUCUGGGUGCCAAUGGCUUGCCUCCUUCCCCUACCAAUAUCAACACUGUCGCCAAGGAGUCUCAGUCCACAUACCAACUCGGCACAGAGAACGGUUACCCCGAUAUGUGA